AUGCUUGUUAGUGAUAUGGGAGGUCAUGGUCGGGCAUUAGAAGCACUAGAUGAAGCUCUUAAUGAUAAAGAUUUAGAAAAAGUUAGCUUUCUAACCAUAAUGGAAGGUGUUUAUGCAAAAUUAUCAGAUUUUUACAAUGAAUGGAUUAGCCAAACAUCUUAUUUGAAGCCAAUUCUUCGUAUAAUUCUAACACAAGUUAUAGUAGAAGCAAAUAAAGUUAUUCCAGGGACUAACUUAAAACCAGAAGACUUUUCAAAACUGGAUUGGGGACGUCUAACCUGUCCAUACAUAUGGCUUUGGCUUUUAUCAAAUGCAUCUGAGGACCCCACAUUACAGAGCUGGAAUUUUAAAUACUACCAAGAAGUUCAACACAAUGAAGAUUUAUCAGUUUUUGAUCCUAAUCAACACGUUGACUUAAAGGAACUUCAUAGUGGAGCAUGGCAUAAUUUUGGUGACAUAAAGAUUAUAAACAAAGCCUUAAUACUAGAGAAAGCUACAGUAUGGACCAGUACAAAAUCAAGUAGUGGUACAAGGACAGUGCAAUGUGAAAAGGUUAAUGUACAAUUGGCAGAAGCAUCCCAUUGUAUCAUUAAUAAACUUAAGGUGCCUUAUGGAAAUUGCUUUUGUCCCAUUUACAUUGCUAAUUUGCAAAAUUUCAGUGUUGAGAGUUAUCAGUGUAAAUUCAUUAAAGCAUCUGCAGCAAUCAAUGAACAAUUGUUUAUGGAAGAAUAUAAUAAGGCAGCUGAACCUGAGACAGAUGUGUUUAUCUUGUUCACAACUGGAAAAUGUGAUAUCACAUCACUUCCACCAAGGUCAGCAAUUGUGAAGUCAGUUUACACUGUUCUGACAGCAAUAACAGGGAUUGGUACAAAACGUGCAGAUGUCAUAAUGGAUGAAUGA